AUGAGUGCUGCUAUUGAGCAUAGUGCAUCGCUAUUUAACACGUUUUCAUUAUUGACAGAUAAUGAAUAUGAUAAUCGAAUUUUAUUACUAACUGAUGUACAUCCAAAUCAAGGUUAUUUAAAGGACAAAUGCUUUGAUACGCAUAUUGGACAAUUAGCAAAACAACAUAUUUAUACAACAUUUAUUAGUGUUAGUAUUGAUUUAAAUACUCAACUAAUAUCGUCGAUAACCAAACAUCACAAAGAUUUUGAUCUGAUUUUAACAUCAUUAGUAUUGAAUGAUAAAAUGCAACUCGAAUCGGAUCUAUUUAGCGUUGAACAGGUUUAUGGUUUACCUGAAUUGAAUGAAACUAAAAAAGAUGAAUUAAUCCAAAUUAAUACAUUAUUUCCAUGGCCAACAGGUCCAAAAGUUACAUCAAUAAAAUGUGUUAGUCUAGCAUGUUUUUCAGUAACAUAUGAAGAUUGUCUCGGUAGAAGCUCUGAAGAAAAACAAUGGAUCCAUAUCCAUGUCAAUAAUGAGAUUAAUUAUGCAAAUUCCGGUAUUCGAAAAAAUAUUAUCGUAGUUAAUUAUAUCACUCUUUUGAAAAAAUGGAUCGUCGAUGAACGAGAACGCAAAUAUAAUUAA